CUUUCAUCUCUCGCAGUCGCAGAGAUGAUGCGAGCUCCGGUACAUAUUGUGAAGCCAUGGGGUUAUCGAGUCCAUGCGCAUCCCAGUCGACCGUCUAUCGUCGCACCAUCUAAAGGAAUCCUCGCCAGACUGAGCAGUACCUCUUCGCUUAUCACCCAUGUCGAAACAGGUCACAUUGAAGUGAAGGACAAUGAGGGGCUUAUCUUUGUGAACAAUAUUUUCCCUUCAAGGUUACAAUGGCUGCUACAAGGGCCUCUUAGUGGUAGUCGGUCAUACGAAGAAGUCUUGAAGCGUAUUAACCGGCCACAUCUAGCGGCUUCUGAUCCCCUGCACAUAAUUCGGCGCGUCUUCCCGCAGGAGUUGGAUAUCGACAUUUGGGAGAUCGUCCCCCGCUUCAGAGAAGGCGGUGCGUUUGUGAAGUAUAACCGCAAAGAUGGUCUCAGGGACUUGGACAUCGUAACCGCGAUCCAGAGCCACUUGAAAGAUCAUCCGAUCAGGCCCUGGUUUAAUCCGUUUCAGGAAGUCAAUGUGGCCCAUGUUCAUGGCAGGCCCUGGAUUGAGGACCUGUACCGGAUCCCCACACCACGGCUUAGAGUCGAAUUCCUGCCAGCUUCUGCUGAUGGAGCAGCAGGAGAACCGACAACCGAGGCCUUGUAUAGUGUGUUCCGCAGAUACGGCAAGUUGAGAGACAUAGAGAGGCAACCGUCCGAUUCCAAAGUUACACCCAGAUAUGCCUUCAUCGUGUUCUCCCGCGCGAGUAACGCCGUGAUGGCCAAAAACUGCGUGCACGGUUUUACCAUCCCGGAGCAGGAAGGUGGUGGAAAAUCCGGCACAAGGGUCAAGAUCAAGUAUGAGGCCAACAUUAAACUGUCUAUGAUCAAGGACUGGCUCUUGAAUCAUCCGAGGAUAGUGAUCCCCGUUAUUGCCGCUCUCAUUGCAGCCAUCACAGUAACAGUUUUCGAUCCAAUCCGAACAUUCUUCAUCGAGAUGAAGAUCAAGGCCACAUUGCAAAAAGAAGAAAACAGCAUCCUGCGCUGGAUCCGGAACCAGGUGAACAAGGCAAACAUCAUCUAUUUCGGUCGCCGCGAGUCUGACCCGCGCCGGCUCACGGCCAUUUGGGAAGACCGCCAAGGUGAUAUCGCCCAGUUACAGUCGUGGCUGAUGGAAAAUGCUGAAACGUUCAUUGUCAUCCACGGUCCUCGCGGCACCGGAAAGCGAGAGCUUGUGCUGGAUCGUGCUCUAGAAAAUUACAGAUACAAGGUCGUCAUCGACUGUAAACAGAUCCAGGAUGCAAAAGGUGACUCUGCUAAAAUUUCCCGUGCUGCUAGCCAGGUAGGAUAUCGACCGAUUUUCUCCUGGAUGAAUAGCAUGAGCAGUUUCAUGGACCUAGCUGCCCAGGGUAUGAUUGGCACGAAAGCCGGGUUUUCAGAGACCCUAGAUGCACAGCUCAGCAAGAUAUGGCAGAAUACCGCCACUGCCCUCAAAAAGGUGGCAUUGGAGAACAAGAGAAACGAUGAUAAGGAGUCCCAUCUGAGCGACGAAGAAUACCUAGAGGCUCAUCCCGAGCAGCGUCCAGUGGUGGUUAUCGACAACUUUUUGCACAACUUUUCCGAAGACAGUGUAGUGUAUGAGAAACUCACUGAAUGGGCCGCUGGGCUGACCACUGGGAACAUCGCUCAUGUAAUCUUCCUCACGACCGACGUCUCGUUCUCCAAGCCAUUGAGCAAGGCCCUCCCCAACUCGGUAUUCCGGACCAUUUCUCUGGGAGACUGCUCACCGGAGGUAGGAAGAAAGUUUGUGCUCAGUCAUCUAGAGUAUGAAUCCAAGAGUGGCACAAAACAAAAAGCCGACCCUGGUAGCCUGUCAGAUCUGGACAGCUGUAUUGAGGUGUUAGGAGGUCGAGUCACUGACCUUGAAUUCAUGGCACGACGAAUUGAAGCUGGAGAAACUCCUCUAGCCGCCGUCACUCGCAUAAUCGAACAAUCAGCCUCUGAAAUCUUGAAAAUGUUUAUCUUGGGUAAUGAUGCGGCUUCGAAACCUUGGACCCAGGAGCAAGCCUGGCAUUUGAUCAAGGCGCUUGCCAACGCUAAGGAUGCAGCACUACCUUACAACCAGAUCCUCCUCUCGGACCUCUUCAAAGACAGCGGAGAGGCGUCUCUGCGUGCUCUUGAGCAAGCGGAACUAAUUUCCAUCAGCUCGGUCAAUGGCUGCCCUGACGUGGUCAAGCCCGGCAAGCCCGUGUAUCGAGCCGUGUUCAAACGGCUCACUGAGAAUAAGACACUGAGCAGCCGUCUGGAUCUCGAUGUUAUUAAACAACUUAUUAGCGUGGAAAACAAGAGUAUCAGCAAGUACGAGGAGGAGUUGCAACUUCUGGGGACGCUGCCCAAACAACCUUGGGAGCUCGCCAGCCGGAUCAAGUGGCUCCUGGAUAAGAUUUACAAUUCACAGAACAAGGUGAGCAAGUAUGAGAGGGAGAGUGCAAUCUUGCAGAAGAUUCUGCGGCGACUUCUUCAAUUGGCACGCGAUGCUUUCAACAGCGUGGGGUGGGCUACAUGGGUGGCUCUUCUGGUAUCAAUUUGCGUGGCGACUCGUCUCGUCAGCGGGCUGCAAAGUCGCCUCGGCAGUGGAACCGAGGCGGGACUUACACGCUCUGUUCGAAUGGUGCCUUACUGGCUUCCUUGGAUAGGUCAUGGUUUAUCCUUCGCCCGGGACCAUGUCAAGCUGAUUAGGGAUGCCAGGGAAUCCAUGCAUGAGCCUGUUUUUGGCAUUUAUAUGGGUGGCACGAAGCAUACCACAAUUGUCGCCCCUUCAUUAGUCAAAUCAGUCUUUACCGCCCGAUGUAUCUCUUCGGCGGAGUUAAUCAACUAUGCCUUACGAACGGUGUUCGGCGAUCGUGGUGCGCUCCGCAGUCUGAGUCCUGCAGACCACCAUGCACUCAGUCACAGCGUGCCUAACCUUCUCAUGCGUGAACCCUUCCUAACAGAAGGUACCCAGACUGCUACCCGCUUGAUUGAGCGGCAGACCCCUAAUCUGGUCACGAAUUGCCGCAGCAUAGUCGACCAGAUGCAAUGGGAGCGAGGCAGUCAAGCACUGGUCGUUGGACAGGAUGACAUACUUGUCUGCGAGGUCAACUUUUUCGCUCUAAUUCGUCAUUUUGUCGGUCAUAUCACCACGGCUAUCUUUACAGGAGAGAGUAUACUGGAAGCCAACCCGACGUUGCUUCCCGACAUUUUUACCCUUGACAAUCAUUUUCUCGCCGUAUCCACGGGGCUUCCUCGGCUAUUGCAUCCCGGUGUAUCUGCGGCACAUGCUUCCCGUGAUCGGCUUUUGGAAGUCCUGACGGAAUUCCAGAAAGCAUUCUUAGCCUGGGAUGAUGGCUUGGAUCCUGGCGCUGACUUUAGGGAUCUGGAUGAUAUCUCAGAGCCCUUGAAGGAACGAAUUCGGAAGUGCAAAAGUCUGGGGCUUUCUGCCAGAUCUAGCGCUCCCGCACAUCUGUCUUUGUUUUGGGCCAUGAACUCAAACUCCCCCAACGUGGUCUUCUGGCAUCUUCUUCGCAUAUAUGCUGAUAGUGCCCUUUUGGACGAGAUUCGUCAGGAGAUUGCUCCAUUUAUCAAGAUAAACCGGCCUAGCAGGGAGGAAACCGGUCUCCCAUUCAACGAGCCUCCUCGAAUGUCCAUCGAUACGGAAGGUCUUAUCAACUCCUGCCUCCUCUUGAAGGCGAGCUUCUAUGAGACUUUGCGCCUGGACUCUGCAUCUCUGUCAUUUCGAAACGUCACAUCAGAUUUUACUGUGACUGAAUCCGAAGAAGAUGCGGCGCUGGAUGGAUUGUCACAGCCUCGUUCGUACAAAUUCGAGAAAGGUGAUGCUAUUAUCAUUCCUCAUGCCGUCAUCCACCACGACCCCCGAUAUUUCUCCAACCCUAGCCAAUUUGAUCCACUCAGGUUUGUCUCGACCGACCCCGAAACCGGUGAGAAGAAAGCGACUAUGGAUAUCAUCAAACCGUUCGGCGGUGGCGUCUCAGGGUGUAAAGGCCGCGCUUUCGCAGAGCGAAAGCUCCUGGCAUUCUCUGCUGCGAUCAUUGCCUUGUGGGACGUCGAACCCGCCGAGGGCCAAGCCUUUGUGAUACCCCAGCAUAGACCAUCCGCUGCAGCCUUCUUGCCGAAGACUGACAUCAGAGUGCGCAUGCGACAACGCAUUUAAUCUAUGGGUGCUGGGAUACACACUUGUUUCUGCAUAUACACGGUGUUUGAUCUUAUAGCCUUUAAUAGUAUGCCAAAAUUCAAGAAGCCCCUUAUCAUAAGACCCACGAAACCAUCUUACGUAUGGACUAACUCUUGCUUUGGAUCUAUGAGUUCGGGGCCUUCCGG